AUGGAAGAACAACCACAAGAGCGGAAAAAGGAGGUGAAGCCUUAUAUCCCUCCUCUGCCAUACCCUCAAAGGAUGCAUAGAGAGCUCAAAGACCAGCAAUUUCCCAAGUUCCUAGAGAUUUUCAAGAAGCUGGAAAUCAACCUCCCACUGGCUGAGGCAUUGGAGCAAAUGCCACUGUAUGCGAAAUUCUUCAAGGAGCUCAUCAACAAGAAGAGAAGUUGGAAACAAAAAGAGACUGUGAUCUUAACUCAAGAGUGUAGUGCAGUGAUUCAUAAAGGCCUACCACCAAAACUCAAGGAUCCUAGGAGUUUCUUUAUAUCGUGUACCAUUGGCAGCAUGCCAAUUGAUAAGGCCUUAUGUGAUUUAGGCUCAAGCAUCAAUCUGUUGCCACUGUCUAUGAUGAGAAGGCUAUCUAUAGAGGAAGUGAAGCCUACAAGAAUGUCAUUGCAACUAGCUGAUAAGUCUCUCAUCAUACCCAAUGGAGUGGUAGAAAAUCUCCUAGUCAAGGUGGGAAAGUUCAUAUUUCCAGCAGAUUUUGUGAUCCUGGAUUUAGAUGAAGAAGGAAGCGAUUCUAUCAUAUUGGGAAGAUCUUUCCUAGCCACAAUGCAAUAUCCUGUUGAAAGGAAAGACUACAUGAGGAUUGAAGAGGAUGACUUAAAUUGGAAGGAGAAGCCAAAGGAACCAUCUCUAGAGCUUACAAAUCCACUCUUGGAAAAGAAACUUGAGCCUGAAGAAAAGUUGAAGGAUCAUGAGAACGAGAGAGUUGAAGAAGAAUUGCAAACAUAG